AUGAACAUUGGGCUAAAGUGUGUCUGUCGGCCAGUUUGCUGGCCCUUUGGCAGCUUGCUGGACUCCAGGAACUGUGUCUUUGCCCUCACCCUCGUCAUGCUCCUCAUGCAGGUGGUCGUAGAGGCCAACUCAUGGUGGUCUUUGGCCAUGAACCCUUUACUGAUCCCAGAGGCCUAUAUCAUCGGGGCCCAGCCUCUCUGCAGCCAGCUGGUAGGCCUGUCUCAGGGCCAAAAGAAACUGUGCCAGCUCUACCAGGACCACAUGCAGUUUAUUGGUGAAGGUGCCAAAAUGGGGAUUCGUGAAUGCCAGUACCAGUUCAGGCACCGGCGCUGGAAUUGCAGCACUGUGGACAACUCCUCUGUUUUUGGACGUGUCAUGCAAAUAGGCAGUCGUGAAACAGCGUUCACCUAUGCGAUCAGUGCAGCAGGGGUGGUGAACACAGUGAGCCGUGCCUGCAGAGAGGGUGAGCUCAACAGCUGUGGGUGCAGUCGGGCUGCUCGUCCCAAAGAUCUACAGAGAGACUGGCUGUGGGGUGGCUGCGGAGACAACCUCAACUAUGGCUAUAGGUUCUCUAAGGAGUUUGUGGACGCACGCGAAAGGGAGAAGAGCUAUCCAAAAGGCUCGUACGAGAGCGCAAGGCUGCAGAUGAACCUCCACAAUAAUGAGGCAGGAAGGAGGGCUGUGUCAAACCUCGCUGAUGUGUCGUGCAAGUGCCAUGGCGUGUCGGGCUCCUGCAGCUUAAAGACCUGCUGGCUACAGCUGGCUGACUUCCGAAAGGUGGGUGAUGCUCUGAAGGAGAAGUAUGACAGCGCUGCAGCCAUGAAGCUCAACUCACGUGGCAAACUGGUACCAUUGCACAGCAAUUUCAACCCACCCACGGGCAAUGAUUUGGUGCACAUCGACCAGAGUCCAGACUACUGCUUAAAGAACCAAAGCACUGGCUCCUUGGGCACAGUGGGACGCCUUUGCAACAAGACAUCAGAAGGCAUGGAUGGGUGCGAGUUAAUGUGUUGUGGCCGAGGUUAUGAUCAGUACAAAGCCCAAAUAGUGGAGCGCUGCAACUGCAAGUUCCACUGGUGUUGCUACGUGAAGUGCAAGCGCUGCACAAGAAUUGUAGACCAAUUUGUCUGCAAGUGAGCAGAGACACUUUGCCCUGUGGAGGAUGGGUGUACAUCUGUGUGAUUUAAUGAGCGUUUUAACAUGGAGAAGAUGGAAGAAAGAAACUAUAUAAAUUAUAUUUAUAGAGCUAAACAAUUAUGUCAUUUGCAAAAAGACCCUUUUAAAAAAAACUAAAAAAAAAAUUUUUUUUCUUUUUUUUUUUUUUAGAAACCAAGAGUAUUGUGAAAUAUUUAUUUUCAGAUUGCUAUGUUUUUAUUCUGGCCCAGUCUGUAUCAGUUUUCUUUUUUUUUUUUUUUUUCUUUUUUUUUUUUUAUGUUUUUUGUUCCUUAAAACAUUUUCUUACCCCAAACAUUAUUGAUAUUGUUUUUAUUAUAUAGUUUUGUUUUUUAAUAAAAAUGUUUUGGUAAGUGGCUGAUAGUGAUGAGAGCUCUCAGCAAAGCUCAGCUUUACCUUUUAUCGUCAUACACAAGUGAUGUCUGAUGUCUUGUCGAUUGCUCAGAAGUUCUGAUGAGUUGGGCAGGAAAUACUGGGUAACUGUAAGUAAAUGUUGCUUGUGUGCCAUGUGUGGAUCUUAGGGCCAGUUUCAAGCCAGACUUUGCUCUUCUUACUUUCCACUUCUCAACACUUGAGCAGGAAUGAAUACAAUUUUUAGCUUUUGUGAAUCAUUGCAUUAUAAGGGCUACAGUGAAAAGGCUGUAUUUUUUUAGUGGGGGGAAUGGGCCAUUUAUUAAACUGUCCUAGAAGCCUGAACAAUCCCUAGGUGCUGGAACAGCUCCAUCAUUCAUUAUGCACUUUGAUGCACAGACUUUAACCUCUCUGUAGGCAUCUCUUCAACUGUUAUCCAUAUAUUCAUAUCCUAGUCUCCUUUUCAUAUCAUUUCAGAAUAUCCAUAUUAACAUUAUUCUACAGUACUUAUCAUGGUUCAAAUAUAUAUGGGUAAUGUUGUGGUGAACAAUAGUGAAAUAUUAAGUGCUCUCUGUAAAUAGUAUAGCAUAGUCUAUCCAGCUGAUCAAUAAACUGUAUUUAUUUUAUUUUUUUUAUCCAAUCUUCCUUUAAGCUCGAAGAAGAAAAGCAUUGUUUCUACAAACAGAUGAAUUAGUCAGUUUUAAGGUCACUUUUCUAAAAUGUUUAUUCUCAUUGACACAUGGGGCUUCACUGUUUUGUCUUUUUUUGUAAAAGGGAAAUGCACCUUAUUGUUAAAAAAGAAACCAUUCACUCCAGUUUGGCUUUGUUACAUCGGUUCUUUCACAGAUGUUCAGGUUUUUAUCUCAUAUUUUCACCAUGAUAUGAUCCCUGUGAUUCUCAUUAGACUUAUUCCAACAACUCAACAAUGUGUAUUUAUAAGCUUCUUUAUUGAAUUUGAGGUUUGUUGAACUAAAUGUGUUAUAGUUGAUGUUUUGUUACUUUUUACAAAUCAACUCAAUGCUAUUCCUUCUUUCAAUAAAUAUGAAAUGUAAAACUA